UCGCGUUCAGUUACCUAGAAGACCUCAACCAACAAAAAGCAAUGGCUCGUACCAAGCAGACUGCUCGUAAAUCAACUGGAGGAAAGGCUCCUCGCAAGCAGCUGGCAACGAAGGCUGCUCGUAAAAGUGCUCCGGCUACUGGUGGAGUAAAGAAGCCUCAUCGUUAUCGUCCGGGAACAGUCGCUCUUCGUGAGAUCCGUCGUUACCAGAAGUCGACUGAACUUUUGAUCCGCAAGCUCCCAUUCCAGCGUCUGGUUCGUGAAAUCGCUCAAGAUUUUAAGACCGACUUGCGUUUCCAGAGUUCUGCUGUUAUGGCCCUGCAGGAAGCCAGUGAAGCGUAUCUGGUUGGCUUGUUCGAAGACACUAAUCUGUGCGCGAUCCAUGCCAAGCGAGUCACCAUCAUGCCAAAAGACAUUCAACUGGCUCGUCGUAUCCGUGGCGAACGUGCUUAAGGUUAUCAGCUUUCAUUGGAUCUCAUUAUCAAUAAUACCAAAGGCCCUUUUCAGGGCCACCAA